CAACCUUCGUGAGCAUCACUUCGACGUUGCUGUCAGCCGAGGCAUCGCAUAUACAGGACUCGCUGCUCACCGCCUUGCUUUGUUUCCCCCCACCGCUUCAUCCUCAUCGCUGCCAAUCAAUAGAAGAAGAUGGGUAUCGACAUCAAGAAGCACCACGUCAAGAACGGACGCCGUACGGCCCCCAAGAGCGAGGACCCUUACCUCCUCCUGCUCGUCAAGCUCUACCGAUUCUUGGCUCGACGAACUGACUCUCGCUUCAACAAGGUCGUCCUCCGCCGACUGUUUAUGAGCAAGAUCAACCGACCUCCCGUCUCGGUCUCUCGAUUGGUCUACCUCUCCAAGAACAGCGGUGGUGUUGCCAAGGGCUCCGAGGCACCCAAGACCAUCGUCGUCGUCGGUACCAUCACCGAUGACAACCGAUUGACCUCGCUGCCCAAGCUCUCCGUUGCUGCCCUCCGAUUCACCCAGACUGCCAAGGAGAGGAUCGAGGCCGCCGGUGGUGAGGCUCUGCUGCUCGACCAGCUGGCCCUCCGAUCGCCCAAGGGAUCCAACACUGUCCUGCUCCGUGGUCCCAAGAACGCCAGGGAGUCCGUCAGGCACUUUGGCUUCGGUCCCCACAAGAACAAGAAGCCUUACGUUCGCAGCACCGGAAGGAAGUUCGAGGAGGGUCGUGGACGAAGGAAGUCCAGGGGUUUCAAGGUCUAAAGGUCCACUCUCGGCCUGUCAGUCGCGUCUUUGUCCUUGUCUCACCUUUUCGACCCAUGUACUUCUUCACACAUCACACCACAUCAUUUCGCUUCCGUCAGUAGGUUGCAGCCUUGCGAUACUCAUUGCACUGCACAGACGGGUAGAGGAAAUACAAAACAUCUCAGCCAG